AUGUCUACGGAGCCGAUUCAUGUGGUAGCCUCCUUCAUCCCGAAGCCAGGAAAAUUAUCAGAGUUUUUUGAAGCGGUCAAACCUGUUGUUCAGCAUCUCGAAAAAGAAAUCCCCGGGGUUCACCAUGUCUACUGUUUCCAGACAAAGACUCAUGACAACAAGGAUCAAAUCACGUUUAUUGAGAAGUUUGCCAAUGCCCAGACCCUCCAAACGCAUCAUGACUCUCGGUUGUUCCUGGAUAUGAUUGCAAAGCUCGAAGAUUUGAUAGAGUUCUCGGAUGUCAAGUCUGGCUCUUUGGUCCUCGGGUUCGAAAAUCGGUGCUAG